AUGAAGGUCUUCCUAUUGUCCACUGUCAGCUUUGUGUUGCCCGCUCUCUCUGUUGCUGCUGCAACAGCAUUUUUUGAAACCUACCUCGAGGCGGGCUGUUCUCCUGCUGAAGCUCUUACAACCACUUCAAUCACAGACCUGGCUCCUUGCUACGGUCUAGAGCCAUGGCCUGUCGCAAGUUUGAAUCUCUAUCAAACUGUCAGUUGUGAAGAGAGCAAAACAUUGAAGGCUCAGAUUUUCGACAAUAAUUCCUGUACCGGGGAUGCCCUGUUGACUAUUAAUCCUGUUUCUUCUCAGAAGACGUGCAUCUCGCUGGAUACUGGCAGUGAUUAUGUGCAAGGCGUUUCCAUUCAGUGUCUCUAA